UCUCUCUCUCUCUCUCCUCUCCUCAAAUCACUCUCCGCACUCUCUCUUCUCUUCCACUUCUAUUCUUCUGUUCUGUUUGUUAUCUGGACUUGCAGAGAUUCGAGUCCUUCGACCAUUAUCUAUUAAACAUUGGGCAUUUCUCUGACGACGCUCAAGACAAUCCAAACAUUUCAAAAUCCUUCGAGUUACAGCACUUGGACUGGUUGGAAGGUUUAAUGGAGAUUAUGUAGAUGCUUGAAGAAAAAAGCUCUCAAAUGUAACUUCACUGAAGAACCCAUAUCAGAAGAGUCCAGACAAGUUAAAGGGUGCGUAAGCUUGUGAUCCCGUGCAGCGCUGUGUAUCAUUCGGAAGUUGUACAAAGCCAUCAUGAGGCCACUCGCUUGUUGUAGAUUGGACAGAGCGAUCAGCCUCGACUUUGACGAGCAAGAUCGGAUAAUGACAUAUGAUGGCCUUGAGAGCUGCAUUCGCAACAGUAGCUCUUAUGACAAUGAGAGUGGGGCAAGCAGAGCAGAUGGUUGCCCAAGUGAUUCCUUAGAUGAUGCCUCAAGUUGUUCUUCCACUAAAGAUGUGUUUGGAUCAUUCUCCUCCCAAUGGGUAAUGAACAAGCAGAGUGAUGAUUGUAAUGAUGAAUGGGAGGAGGUCUCGAACAGCCCUCAACAUUUUUAUGUCAAAGAGAAACCAUCUUACACAAUAAAAUUUUCAGAUGUAGAGACCAUGAAAGAAAGAUUUUCUAAGCUAUUGCUGGGAGAAGAUAUUACAGGAGGAUGCAAGGGCCUUGGCACUGCUCUAGCACUGUCCAAUGCUAUAACAAAUCUUGCUGCAUCAGUCUUUGGAGAGUUUUGGAAAUUGGAGCCACUGUCUGAGGAAGGAAAGAGCAUGUGGCGAAGAGAAAUGGACUGGUUGCUCUCCCCUACUAACCACAUGGUUGAGCUGGUACCUGCCAAGCAAAAUGGCACCAAUGGUGGGACCUUGGAGAUAAUGACACCAAAAGUCCGUUCAGACAUCCACAUGAAUGUUCCAGCGCUUUUAAAGCUAGACUCCAUGCUUAUUGAGAUACUGGAUUCUAUGGUGAACACAGAAUUCUGGUAUGAGGAAGGAGGCAAUAGAGCAGAAGGAAGGAGCAUGACACCGAGCAGGAGGUGGUGGCUUCCAUCUCCCCGUGUCCCAAGAUCUGGACUAUCAGUCACUGAAAGGAAGAAAUUGAUUCAUCACAGCAAGAUGGUGCAUCAAGUUUUCAAGGCCACCAAAGCAAUCAAUGAAAAUGUCUUGCUUGAAAUUCCUGUUCCAACUAUCAUAAAAAAUGCCCUUCCCAAGUCUGGAAGAGCAAACCUAGGUGAGGAAUUAUACAAGGUUUUGAAUGACGAAUCGAGAUCAGUUGAGGAAAUGCUCAAUUCUCUACAUUUACAAAGUGAACAUAGUGCUCUUGACACCAUUAACAGGUUGGAGACUGCUGUAUUUGCAUGGACACAGAAAAUCUCUGAGCAAACAAGUGGAAAAUCUCCAGUCAGAAACUCAUGGUACCAUGUGAAGGAUACAAUCUCUGAGCUAGAUAAGAUUGAGUUAUUAUUGCGGAGAGCUGAAUCACUUCUACAGCUGCUCAAGAUCAGAUUUCCAAAUCUUCCUCGAACUUUUCUUGAUGUUACAAAAGUCCAAUAUAACAAGGACAUUGGACAUUCAAUUCUUGAAGCUUAUUCAAGAGUUCUUGGAAGUUUGGCAUUCAGUAUACUCUCCAGGAUAGGUGAUAUCUUGCAAGAAGAUGUGCUAAGCAAUCCCAACUCACCUGUUGCAAGUUGUUGCUUUCCUGGAGUAAGUCUUACAGGAAUAUUUGAAUCUCCAGCAGUAGACAGUCGCAUCUGUCAUUCACUCAUCGAUCAGAUGAACAGGGUUGAUGGGCAGUUUUGUGAAUCUAGUCCAAGUAAAUCUUCUGAUGUGGUCUUUUCUGAUGGUGAGACCAAAACAAGUUCAGUGACUUCAACACCAUGUAGAAGCCGAGUAUGGUGCAUUGGUAGAGAAACCUGUAGGAGUGUGCCUCUUACAAAUUCUCCUUGAUAAAUAUAGAUAAUAUCCCAAGUCUUCAUGGUUGUAAAUAUAAAUGAAAUUAUAAGUUCCUAAUUAAAUUAAAUUAUAUAUUUAAUUCACAUCUUCUCGAAGUGAAUUAUUCAUGCCUGAAGAAACAUGUAUUUAUAAUUAUAUAUAUCCCAACCCAUACCUCCAACUUAAUUAGUGAGCAGACUUGAUGCUCUACUAGAAAUGGAAACUGAGAGACAAAAAAUGGAGUUUCUACACCAAAGUUGAGUUGGCACACGAUGUUAUGAGGUGAUCUCCAACCUUUCAAUCCAAGAAAAAACAGUGAGGAGAUAAGAGUCAAUUACUCGAUACUUGGUCUAUCACAUUGGUCUCCAAUGUCACCUACAGACAUAGGUGGUAUGGCUAAGACAAAGUGCUGCUUAAUUUGUAUUCAACGUUGCCAAUACAUUCAUUGAUUUGACCCAACCCAAUACAGUUAACCUCUUAAUUUA